UUGUUUCGGGCAGGGUAGUAUAAAUAUUGUGGUGCGCCACCGGGAAUGGUACAGUCGAGCAGUGCUUUCCAUCGAAGUAAGAAGCAAUAGUCAGCUAGAUCGACCGCAGUUCGUGCACAGGAAAGUGGGAUAAAGAAAAAACCAGAAAAAUCAACACAGAAACGAUGGCUUUUCUAUUCAAGACCGUUGCCUGCCUGGCGCUGCUGUCAGUCGCUGCCUGCGAGUAUGGCGGCGAGGAGGAGCAUCACGGACACCACCACAGCGUCGGCUACUCGUACGCCAAGUUCAGCGGACCGGUCAGUGGGCCGGCGCACGAGAUCCACGUCGAGGACAAGCACGGGCACGGGCACCAGAUCGACUACGUUGCGAAGCCGGACUACGUGUUCGAGUACGGCGUGGAGGACCCGAAGAGCAAGGUCUCGCAGAGCCGCAAGGAGCACCGGCACGAGGACGAGCUGCACGGCGAGUACAGCCUGCACCAGCCGGACGGCAAACUGCGCACGGUCAAGUACAGCUCGAACAAGCACAGCGGAUUCCAGGCUGAAGUGUUGAUCGAUGGAAAGCCACUGCACGAGGAGGAGCUGGCCAAGCUGGCCCACGAGGCGGCGUCGCAGAGCGCCCACCAGCACCAGCACCAAUUCCACCAUCAGCACCAGGACGAGCACAAGGCGUACGGUGGCGCGGAACAGCAGACCUACGGCGGUGAAUCGUCCUACGGUGCGGAGGGUGCUGAGGAGGGAGCGCAGGAAGAGUACUACCACUAGGAACGAUAAACGGAUCGGUGGCAGGCUGUUCAGCAGUGAACGAUACGUUCAGCAUUACCACGAUACCCCGCAGUAGAGGAGAGAGAAGAAAUCCACACCCCUGCUACCCUGAAGGUUGUGGGAGUUUGGAGUAGAACUGACAAGAAUACUCUACUUCCGAUGCUUUUUUUUAAACGAUGCUUGCUCUAAGCGUUGAACAAUGUUCCUAGGCUGAUAGACUCUUUCUUUAAGAUUAUCUUCUGCUUUAACAAUUUCACUCAUAACUUUGAUUUCCUUGUAAGCUUCGGCAGGGUAAUUUGGCACCGUAGGUGCAAGGUUGACCAGCAAAAGCAGUUUUACGAUGCACAUGUACCCUAAAGGGGAAUGUUAACUAGUGUAGUAGUUUCGUGUAAAACCAAAUGAAAAGAGCGACUCUUCCGUGCUGGGAGAAAGGAAUAAAAAUUAUUCAAUUGAA